AUGACUCGACCACUCUUGAGGGAACUCUGCGUAACUUUGAGAUCUCAGUAAAACAGCCUUACUGACUGCACUGUGCAUCUGGGAACACCUGCCAUGCCUGCAUCGACUGAGUACCCUCCGUUUAGACUCGGCGAGUCUCGGUUUGAUCAGGGUUCAUUUUAUGGCAGACUAAGACACUUCCUGGAUGUGAUCGACCCUCGCACGCUCUUUGUAUCAGAGAAACGUUUAAAUGAAUGUAUGAAACUCUUGGAUCAGUUCAAAAAUGGAACUCUGCCUCCAAGUGUGACUAAUGUGCAGCUUUGGGAGGCACAGAAGAUUAAACAGGCCAUCAUCCAUCCAGACACAGGAGAGAAGAUCCCCAUGCCCUUUCGCAUGUCAGGUUUUGUGCCCUUUGGUACUCCAGUGGUUGUAGGCCUCCUUUUACCCAAUCAGACAUUUGCUUCCACCAUCUUCUGGCAGUGGCUGAACCAGAGCCACAAUGCCUGUGUCAACUACUGCAACCGUAAUGCAUCUAAGCCCACGCCAGUGUCAACGUUUUUCCAGGGUUACCUCGGUGCAGUCAGCAGUGCAGUUACUAUUGCAGUGAGUUCACAUCCAUUACUCCAGUCUUUAUUAUGAAUUAUGCGAAAAUGAAAAAUCCUGGUCCAGAGGUUCAUCCCGUUCCCUGCUGUUGCAAGUGCCAACGUGUGUAAUGUUUUGCUGAUGCGCCACACUGAGCUGUCAGAGGGCAUCUGCGUACUGGACGACAAAGGCAAUGUGGUGGGCACCUCAAAGCUGGCUGCCAGGCAUGCUCUGAUAGAGACAUCCCUGACUCGUGUCGUGCUGCCCAUGCCUGUUCUCCUGCUGCCGCCUUUAAUAAUGGCCAUGCUGGAGAGGCUCCCUCUGCUGCAGAAGUGCCCUCGUCUCGGGCUGCCUGUUCACAGCAUGGUGUGUCUCUGCGCGUUCGGCCUAGCGCUGCCUGUUGCCAUCAGCCUGUUCCCCCAAAACAGUCAGAUCCACGUGUCAGAGCUCGAGCCAGAGAUCGCUGCUGCAACAGAGUGCAAGAUCCUGACCUACAACAAGGGUCUUUAACCAGUCAGAAUGCUUGACACCCAGCAACUAAUGUCGCUGUCCCUCACGGUAAAACUCUAAUGUGAACAGAAAAAUGCAAAGCGUCAUUACAAAUUUUGAUUGCAUCUCACUGGAUUGCUCCUGCUGUGUGUGAAUGUGAAUCCUCUCUCAGUCAGAGACAGACUCACACCGGCACUAAUCGUCCUCUUGCCAUGCACUUGAACGUGGAAGUUGCAAAUAGAGGAUUUCAGGAUAUUUACAGCAGUGAAAACAAGUAUUCUUUUGAAUGUCCCUGUGAUGUACUUUAAAUUUACAUAAUUACCAGCCUUCCCAUUCAAGCAGUUCUGUAUUAUCUGACUACAAAAGACUGAAAAAUAAAUGUAAUUGUCU